CACAGACGGCAAGCAGUAAUACCCGUGAACAAGAUGACGGCCGUCUCCUCCGAGCCUCACACUCUGGCUUCAGAUGAACAAAACAAGGACCUGAGAAUGGAUACACCUGGGGAGGAAGACGCUAUCCUGGGAGGAAACACUCCUGACCCCGAGUCUCUCAGACAGAGGUUCCGGUGGUUUUGUUACUCAGAAGAGGCUGGACCCAGAAAAGCCCUGAAUCGGCUCUGGGAGCUCUGCCUUCAGUGGCUGAGGCCAGACAUCCACACGAAAGAACAGAUUUUAGAGCUUUUGGUGUUUGAGCAAUUCCUGUCCAUUUUGCCCGGGGAGAUCAGGAUUUGGGUAAAAUCACAACGUCCUGAGAAUAGUGAGAAAGUGGUGACCUUAAUAGAGGAUUUGACCCAAACGCUUGAAGGAAAGGAAGUUUCCCAAGAUUCUGUUAUUUCCCAAGAGGAGAACCCUGAAGAAGAUACAACGGUUUCUGUCCUUCCAAAUACUGAGUCCAGGGAACCCAUGACAUUCAAGGAUAUAGCUGUGAAUUUUUCCAGAGGAGAGUGGAGGAAGCUGGAACCUUUUCAAAAGGAGAUAUAUAAGGAAGUGCUACUGGAGAACUGUAGGCACCUAGAAUUUCUGGGCUUUCCAGUUACCAAAUUAGAUGUGAUUUCCCAGCUACCGUGGGUUGAACCAGGGCUUCUGGAAAAAGAAGUCUCAGAAGGCUCCAUACCAGAGUGUGAACCUAGAGGUGAAUUGGAGGAAUCUGUUCAAAAUCAAGAUGUUCUUGUGGACGAAUCGACUUUAGAAAAAACAAUAGAUAGGUACUUAAUGUGCGGUGAUUAUGGCUUGAUGGGAGAAUCCUCCAAACGUGGCAGAUUAGAGAAGGGCCGUAGCAAUAAGGAAUGUUCGCAAGUAGCAGGCACACAAAAGAAAACUCAUGGGAGAGGCAGUAAGGGUGAGGAAUUUGACUCAGAAAAGGGCCCCUCUGCAAGUAAUGCCAAGGAAACUUCGGAUUUAGUUAAGCAUCUGAGAGUCUACUUACGGAAGAAAUCUCGGAAGUAUAAUGAAUGCAAGAAACGCUUUAGUUUUCAUUCAGACCUUGUUAUGAACCGCAAAGAGCACACUGGAGAGAAGCCACGGAAACGUAAGGAAGGCAGGAAAGUCUUAAGUCACUCUUCAUCUCUUACUAAACAUCAGAAACAUCCGAAAAUUUAUAUGGGUACCAAGCCCCAGAAGUGCAGUAACUGUGGGAUAGACUUCACUCAAAGCUUAUCCCUUGUUAAGAGAAGAAAAACCCCUAUAUGUGAGAAAUGUCGGAAAAGUAAAUAUCAGGAUACAACCUCGAAUAAAGAUGAGGGAACAGAGACUGGAGAAAAAUCCCCUAAAUGUAGCAGAUGUGGAAAAUCCUUUGAUUAUAGUACCACAUUGAGCAAACAGCAGAAACUUUACCUUGGUGGAAAACCCUCUAUGUGCAAUGAUUGUGGGAAAGCUUUCAGUAAGAGUGUAUCCUUCACACCCCGUCGUAGAGCUCAUAGUGGAGAGAAACCCUUCAAAUGUGAUGAUUGUGGAAAAGGUUUCACCCUAACUGCCCACCUCAUUAAACAUCAGCGAAUUCAUACUGGAGAAAAACCCUAUAAAUGUAAAGAAUGUGGGAGACCCUUUAGUGACAAUUCAUCUCUUAUUCAACAUCAGCGAAUUCAUACUGGAGAAAAACCCUAUACAUGUAAUGACUGUGGCAAAUCCUUUAGUCAUAGCUCAUCCCUUUCCAAGCAUCAGAGAAUUCAUACUGGAGAGAAACCCUAUAAAUGUACUGAAUGUGGAAAAGCCUUUAGACAGAAUUCUUGCCUUACCCGACAUCAGAGAAUUCAUACUGGAGAAAAACCAUACCUGUGUAAUGAUUGUGGAAUGACUUUCAGCCAUUUUACAUCUGUAAUUUAUCAUCAGCGACUUCAUUCAGGAGAAAAACCCUACAAAUGUAGUCAGUGUGAGAAAGCCUUCCCUACCCAUUCUCUCCUUAGUCGUCAUCAGCGAAUUCAUACUGGUGUGAAACCUUAUAAAUGUAAAGAAUGUGGAAAAUCCUUCAGUCAGAGCUCAUCUCUUAAUGAACAUUAUCGAACUCAUACUGGAGAGAAACCCUAUGAAUGUGACUAUUGUGGAGCAACCUUUAGUAGAAGCUCAAUCCUUGUAGAGCACCUAAAAAUUCAUACUGGAAGGAAAGAAUAUGAAUGUAAGGAAUGUAAGAAGACAUUCAAAAGUAAUUCAGGCCUCAUCAGACAUCGGGGAUUUCACUCUGGAGAGUAAUUCUUGAACUAUAGCAAGGUGGGAGGAAAGUUAAUCAAAACUGUUCCUUAUUAGAAACCUGGAUAUAAAUUGCCACCACAUUGAUUAGUAGCUACAACUUUGAUGGGUUGGCAGCUAGGAAAAAUAGACUUUCCCCCAUUCAUCCUUCUUUGUAAGACUGUUAAUUUUUGGGAGAUAGUAGUUAGGGCUGGAAAAGUCAUGUGGAAAGUGAAAAUAGUACGAGAUGUGAAAUUAUUGUAAAAGGUCAAAUAUGAAUUUAAAUAGCAGGGGAGGGGGUACCCAGAACCUACCUUUUUAACCAUUUCAGAAGAUUUCCCUCUCUUCUACUUUCCCCCUCCACUCCCAUGUAGUGUAAUAGAAAACUUGGUUGGAGUCAGAUAACCUGGGUUCUGUCCCAGUUUCCAACCAAUCUACUAUAUAACCUUUCUGAAUUUGUUUUUGAACUGAUAGAAUGAAGGGUUGGAACUAAUAAUUUCUAAGUUGGGGUUGUUGUUUUUUGUACCUUAUAUUUUCUGAAGCUGUAGACAUAAGUUAAAAUUAUUUAUUUAUUUAUUUUGUUAAUCCUCACCCGAGGAUAUUUUUCCAUUGAUUUUUAGGGAGAGUGGAAGAGAGAGGGAAAAACAGAGAGAAACAUCGA